UGGAGCAGAGCCGCUCCCGAUAAUUUGGGUAUGGAAAUAGUAAAGGGUUUAUGACAAAAUCCAAAAAGAGCGGGACAAAGCAUAACAGUAACAACCUCUCCGGUUGUAACUUGUAAGUGUCUGAACGCUAAGACGACGUCGUUCAUGUGGACUGUGAAUUGAAAUCGUAGACAAAUCAAUCAGAAGAAGAAGAAAGACAAGCAAAAAAAGAAUGGUGCACAGCGCCUACGAUUCCUUCGAACUCCUCAAUAAUUGUCCCACAAAAAUCGAUGCCAUCGAAUCAUACGGCUCAAAUUUACUCAUCGCCUGUUCCGAUGGAUCGCUCCGCGUUUACAGUCCGGAAUCCGCCGUUUCCGAUCAAUCUCCGCCGUCCGAUUUCCACUCCCAAACCUUAGGGCUUCAUCAAGAGCGGUACGUGCUUGAAAGAAGUGUGAAUGGAUUCUCCAGAAGACAAAUGCUGGCUAUGGAAGUUCUCGUGUCGCGAGAACUUCUGCUUUCUCUCUCGGAGUCCAUAGCGUUCCAUCGGUUGCCCAAUUUGGAGACUUUGGCUGUGAUAACUAAGGCUAAAGGUGCAAAUGUAUACUCAUGGGAUGAUAAAAGAGGGUUUCUUUGCUUCGGCAGGCAAAAGAGAGUUUGUAUUUUCAGACAUGACGGGGGAAGGGGAUUUGUGGAGGUGAAAGAAUUCGGAGUCCCUGACACAGUCAAGUCGAUGUCAUGGUGUGGUGAGAAUAUUUGCUUGGGGAUUAGAAGAGAGUACAUGAUAUUGAAUACCACCAAUGGUGCAUUGUCUGAGGUGUUUCCUUCAGGGAGGAUCGCCCCACCUCUUGUGGUGUCUCUUCCCUCAGGAGAACUUCUUUUGGGAAAGGAUAAUAUUGGUGUCUUAGUUGACCAAAAUGGCAAGUUGAUUCAAGAGGGGAGGGUUUGUUGGUCUGAGGCUCCUGCAGCUGUUGUUAUUCAGAAUCCCUAUGCAAUAGGUCUCUUACCACGGCAUGUUGAGAUACGUUCUCUUCGUGUUCCUUAUCCUUUAAUUCAAACAGUUGUCCUUCGGAAUGUUCGCCGUGUUGUUCGAAGCAACAAUGCUGUUAUUGUUGCUCUUGAUUAUUCUGUUUAUGGCUUUUUUCCUGUUCCUCUGGGUGCACAGAUUGUACAACUAACAGCAUCUGGAAACUUUGAGGAAGCCUUGGCUCUGUGCAAAUUGCUACCACCAGAAGAUUCAAGUCUUAGAACUGCAAAGGAGCAAUCGAUUCAUAUAAGAUAUGCGCACUUUCUAUUUGAAAAUGGGAGCUAUGAAGAGGCAAUGGAACAUUUUCUGGCAUCUCAAGUAGAAAUCACUUAUGUGCUCGCCUUAUAUCCAUCAAUUAUUGUUCCCAAAUCAUCUUUCAUACCUGAACCACAGAAAUUUCUUGAUGUCGCGGAUGCACCAUAUCUCUCCCGAGGUUCCUCUGGUCUAUCAGAUGAUCUGGACUCGACGCCUUCGAAUGUCUUAGAAUCUGAUGAAAUGGAUAUAGAAUCCAAGAAAAUGAGUCAUAACACUUUGAUGGGUCUGAUUAAGUAUUUGCAGAAGAAGAGAUAUAGUGUCAUUGAGAAAGCCACAGCUGAGGGAACUGAGGAGGUGGUUUCAGAUGCUGUAGGAGAUAAUUUCAUUUCCUAUGGAACUAGCCGGUCCAAGAAACCAGCCAAGGGAAGAACCCAUGCUCCAAUCACUUCCGUCGCUAGGGAUAUGGCUGCAAUUCUGGACACUGCACUCCUUCAAGCUCUACUUUUAACUGGACAGUCCUCAGCUGCUACAGAUUUUCUGAAAGCCCUCAACUAUUGUGAUGUGAAAAUAUGCCAGGAGUUUCUGCAGAAAAGAAUCCAGUAUGCUUGUCUGCUAGAACUUUAUAGAAGCAACUCAAUGCAUCGUGAAGCACUGAAACUUCUCCAUCAAUUGGUAGAAGAGUGCAAGUCAGAGCAAAUUCCUGUAGAGCUUUCAACGAAAUUCAAGCCUGAUAUGAUCAUUGAAUAUCUCAAACCCCUUUGUGCAACAGACCCCAUGCUUGUCCUGGAGUUCUCACUGCCUGUUCUUGAAAGCUGUCCUAUGCAAACCAUUGAGCUAUUCUUGUCUGGUAACAUUCCAGCAGACUUGGUGAACUCUUACUUAAAACAGCAUGCUCCAAACAUGCAGGCGACAUAUCUGGAACUCAUGCUUGCCAUGAAUGAAAAUAGCAUCUCCAGGAAUCUGCAGAAUGAAAUGGUGCAAAUUUAUCUCUCGGAAGUGCUUGAUUUGUAUGCUGAACUAAAUACCCAGCAAAAGUGGGAUGAGAAAACAUAUUCUCCGACAAGGAAAAAGCUAUUGUCUGCUUUGGAGAGUAUCUCUGGAUAUAACCCAGAGGUGCUGCUGAAGAGACUUCCACCAGAUGCUUUGUAUGAAGAACGUGCAGUUCUGUUGGGGAAAAUGAAUCAACAUGAACUUGCUCUGUCUAUUUAUGUGCACAAGCUUCACGUUCCUGAACUUGCACUGUCCUAUUGUGAUCGGGUGUAUGAUUCAGGACUUCAACAACAUUCAGCAAAAUCAUAUGGAAACAUUUACCUGACUCUACUGCAAAUCUAUCUAAAUCCUACGAAGACAACAAAAAAUUUUGAGACAAAAAUUACUAAUCUGGUAUCAUCUCAGAGCCCUGGGAUUCCAAAAGUUGGUUCAGGAACUACAGCAAAGAUAAAAGGAGGCCGCUCCAAGAAAAUUGCUGAAAUUGAGGGUGCCGAGGACAUUCGAUUCAGUCCAAGUGGCACUGACAGUGGUAGGAGUGAUGGAGAUAUGGAAGAUGUUGCUGAGGAAGGAGAUUCUACCAUUAUGCUAGAUCAAGUUCUUGAUCUUUUGAGCAGAAGGUGGGAUCGGAUCCAUGGGGCCCAAGCUCUGAAACUACUGCCAAGGGAUACGAAGCUACAGAAUUUGCUUCCAUUUCUUGGACCUCUUCUGAGGAAAUCCAGUGAAGCGUAUCGGAACUUUUCGGUGAUUAAAAGCUUGAGAGAAAGUGAAAACCUACAGGUCAAAGAUGAGCUGUAUAACCAAAGAAAAGCAGUCUUGAAGAUCACAAGUGAUAGCUUGUGUUCUCUUUGCAACAAGAAGAUCGGGACCAGUGUCUUUGCAGUCUAUCCUAAUGGUAAGACAAUUGUGCACUUUGUUUGCUUUAGAGAUUCACAGAAUAUGAAGGCAGUUGGAAGAGGCUCUCAGUUGAGGAAAAGAUGAUAAUGAGAAGUUGGAUUUGGAUUAACUGAGUUUUUGGGUUUGCUAUAUGUGUGGCAUUGAUUGCAGUUGUUCUUGUUAGUACCGUUUAACAUGUUCUGCGGCUUAAAGUUUUAAUUCGCCCUUAUUCCUAAAAGUAAACUUCUGCUCUCGUGUUUCUGGAAGUGUUCUGGUGUGUUUGCAUGAUUAUUGACUGUAUACCAAGAGAUAUGAAACGAGCUGGUGGUACACACGUGCAAGCAAUAAUGACAGUGCUUCUUGCAAAGGAAUGUGUAAUACAGAUGUUGUAUAUUAUGUCAAACGUUGAAGUAAAAUCUGAGGUUGUGUAAUGUGAGUCUGUAUUGAAAAAUAUUGAAGCUAGUAUUGGAGGUGUUUAUAACUUAUUUAUGAAGAGUGUCUUUGAAUGCAGUGUUUGUACCAACUCAGAUUGUGAAUGUUCAAUUAAUAUGCAAUGAUACACAAUUUUCUUUGU